UGGGGACCCUGUUGCUGCUUUGUGUUUUGGGAGCUUUAUUCAAUAGUCCAUCUAGCGCUGGAUGGGCAGGAAGGGAGUUUGCCCUGUCAUUCAUGCAGAAUUAUGCGGCAAACUAUGACAGUCCUCUCUUUCAGCUAUACAUUACCGCUGUUCAGGCCAAUGCUAAAGUGACAGUGACAGUGCCUCCCUUAAACUUCAAGCAAGAGAAAACUCUAAAUGCUGGAGAAAGGGUCAUCAUUAGUCUCCCCACUAGUGUUGAGAUGUAUGGCAGCACAAAGUGUCCCAACACGGUGCGCAUUGAAACCUCAGCAGAUGUGACUGUAACCUCCUUCAACUACAAGCUGUAUACAGCUGACACCUCUGUGAUAUAUCCUACCACUGAAUGGGGUACAGAAUAUUUCAUCUUUACACCUGCUGGAUCCCCCUUUGGCUCUUAUAAAGAGUUCGCUGUGACAAAUGGAAAAGAGAGCAACCAAGUAGAGAUUUUCCCACAAUGCUCAAUCAAGUACCAGGAUCGUGUCUAUGAGAGUGGCAGCCGAAUGGUAAUAGAUCUCCAGCCAUAUGAGAGUGUCCAGCUCCAGAGCACGACCGACCUUUCUGGCACCAGGGUUGCUUCCAAGAACCCUGUUGCUGUUGUUACGGGUCACACCUGCACCUGGUGCUUCUCGAAAUGUAAUCAUGUUUAUGAGCAGCUGCUGCCAGUGAGCAGGUGGGGAUCCAGGUUCAUCGUGCCUCCCCUGAGCUUCCAGACAAAAUAUGAUAGUGUCUACCUCCAGGCCUCCCAACCCACCCAAGUCACGGUUCAAUAUGGCAACCGUGAAGAGGUUUUGAGUUUGACCAGGGGGAGGGUGAUGGAGAUCCGCUACAACAAUCCUGAAACACUGUCCAUUCAGGCUGAUCAUGGCAUCCAAGUCCUCAUGCUCUUCAACGGUGUUGAACAGAACUGGUUAAAGUACUACGACCCUUUCUUAAUGACCAUCCUGCCCACAGACCGCUUCUGCUCCUCUUACUCACUAGAGGCUCUGGAGGGCUUUGACAAUCAAGCCCUUAUUGUGGCACAGACCAGUGCAAUGGCAGAGCUGCGUAUUGAUGGUACAAACCUGCCCCGUGAUGUCCAGUGGAGAGUGGUUGCAGGGACAGACUUCUCUUGGGCGCAGAUGUCCUACAAACAAACCCCUGGCACCAAUUCACACACUGUGUCCAGCUCGGGUUCCAGCUUUGCUCUCUACAGUUUUGGAGUCAGCCAGAUGAACGGCUAUGGUGCUCCAGGACAAUGUUUACAGCCAGGAAGUGGAUCUUUGACCUGCAGCAGUAUCACCUGCAGUGCCAAUGAGGUGUGUGAGAUGAAGGGUGGGUAUCCCUCCUGUGUCCCCAAGCCAGUGGAAAGCAAGCCUGGUACCUGCUGGGCCAUGGGAGAUCCCCACUACCGUACAUUCGAUGGGCGACACUAUGACUUCAUGGGUACCUGCACAUACGUCAUUGCUAAAAACUGUGGAAAGGAUGAUAAUCUCCCAGCCUUUGAGGUCCUCGCCCAAAAUGAGAACAGAGGUAGCCCCAGGGUAUCGUACGUCGCCCUGGUUACAGUGAAGGUGUAUGGCGUCACCAUCACAGUAGUGCGGUCUGAGACAGGACGUGUGAGGAUUGACAAUAAUCUGUGGAGUUUGCCAGUAGCCUUGAACAACAACAAACUGACUAUGUUUCAGAGUGGCCGUUCUGUGGUCAUUGAGACAGAUUUUGGUCUGACUGUCCGUUAUGACUGGGAACACUAUCUAGUGGUCACUCUAUCCAGCAGUUAUGCCGGUAAGACUUGUGGUCUCUGUGGCAACUUCAAUGGCAACCCCAGUGAUGAUUUCACCACACCCACCGGCACCCAGGCAAGUGGGGUUGUGGCCUUUGGGAGCAGCUGGAAGGUGCCAGGGCUGGUGAAUGAUGCUCUGUGCAGAGAUGACUGUGUGGGUGGCUGUGAGAGAUGUGAGAACAGCCUGAUGAAGAUGUGGCAGGGUGACUUGUUUUGUGGGCUUAUCACACUUAUAAUAAAUGGGCCAUUCAGCAAAUGUCAUGCAGUCAUUGACCCACAAGCAUAUCUGGAGAACUGUAAAUAUGACGUAUGCAUGGGAGGUGGCCUUCGACAUUUCCUCUGCAGGGCGCUGGAUGCUUACACUGAAGCCUGCCAGGCUGCUGGGAUCCAGGUCCAAGAUUGGAGGGAGAUGGCACAAUGCCCUGCAAAAUGUCCAGAAAACAGCCACUAUGAGGUCUGUGGAAAUGCCUGCCCUGCCACUUGUUCUGACCCUAAUGCUCCCUCCAAAUGCAAAUACCCCUGUGUGCAGACCUGCACUUGUAACACAGGCUUUGUUUUGAGCGGAGGUCAGUGUGUACCUGCCUCUGAGUGUGGUUGCACCUACGAGGGUCGAUACAUCCCUGUUGGUGAGUCAUUCUGGGCUGACCAGGGCUGUCGGCAAUGGUGCAAAUGUGUUGCUGGAAGCAGAAGCGUUGAGUGUAAGGACAAAGGCUGUGCGACAGGGCAGCAGUGCCAGGUUGUUGAUGGCAUAAGAAAGUGCGAGGCAGUCUCCCACAGCACCUGCCAGGCCACAGGAGACCCCCAUUAUGUGACCUUUGACAAGAGGAAGUUUGACUUCCAGGGCACGUGUGUGUAUCAAUUGGUUGCACUCUGCUCCAAGAACCCAGAGUUGGUGCCCUUUGAAGUGCUGGUGCAAAAUGAUCACCGGGGCAGCAAGGUGGUUUCUUACACCAAGUUAGUGGAUAUCAAGGUGUACUCCUACAGCAUUGUCAUUACAAAGACCCACAAGGGCCUGAUUAUGGUAAAUAAUGAGCUGGUGAACCUUCCUGUGACCCUGGAUGGAGGAAAAGUAUCUGUGUAUAAGAAUGGCUGGGACGGUGUGGUCAGCACAAACUUCGGCCUCAAAGUUUCCUUCAACUGGGAAAGCGCUGUGUUUGUAACACUGCCAAGCAACUACAUGGGAGCAGUUUGUGGCCUUUGUGGCAACUAUGACGGCAAACCAGAGGAUGACCUGAUUCCAAAGAAUGGUGGCAAACCUGUCUCACCAGCAGAUUUCGGUGCCAGUUGGCGGGUGGCCACGAUCCCAGGUUGUGUCGAAGGCUGUAAAGGCGUGUGUCCUGAUUGUGACAUUACCCAGAAGGUUCAAUAUGAAAAAGGAGAUUUCUGCGGCUUGUUAAAUGACCCCAAAGGGCCGUUCCGUGACUGCCAUGCUAAGGUGGAACCAACUGGCUACUUUGAAGACUGUGUUUAUGAUGUGUGCCUGUAUCAGGGCAGAAAGGAUGUGCUGUGUCAGGCUAUUACAACGUACACGUCUGCCUGCCAGGCUGUGGGGGCCAAGGUGUACAGCUGGAGAAGCAGUCAGUUCUGUGCGGUGACAUGUCCAGUCCACAGCCACUAUGAAGUUUGUGCAACUCCCUGUCCUUCCUCGUGCCAGAGUCUGGGCCCUCCUCAAGGUUGCCAAGCUCAGUGCGGGGAGGGCUGUUCCUGUGAUGAGGGAUACAUCCUCAGUGGACAGCUCUGUGUUCCCUUUUCACAGUGCGGCUGCGUCUACAAAGACCGCUACUACCGCAUGGACCAAGUGUUUUAUCCCAAUGAGUGUCAGGAGGAGUGCAAGUGCACACAAAAUGGAGUGGUGGAGUGCAAGAAGAUCACAUGUGGCCCUAAUGAGAAGUGUGAAAUAGAGAAUGGUGUCCAAAAAUGUCAGCCUGUUGGUAAGGGUGUGUGCCAGGCCUCUGGUGACCCCCAUUACCGCUCAUUUGAUGGGCAAAUGUUUGAUUUCCAGGGCACCUGCACCUACACACUGUCCAAGAGCUGUGGGCUGGAAGGCUCACGCCUUGUGGCCUUCUCUGUUCAGGUGGAGAACGUUCAGUGGAACUACAUGAUUAACAGCAAAGUGGUGUCUGUCACCAAGCUGGUUGCUGUGGAGGUCUACGGCUUCACUCUCAUCAUGAGGAACAAUAUGUAUGGAGUCCUGGUAAAUGGAGUGUUUAACUACCUUCCCCUGAAUCUUAAUGAUGGAGCAGUGCAUGUCUAUCAAGAAGGCAUAUAUUAUGUUAUUGCCACAAAUUUCGGACUGCUCAUUACUUAUGACCUGGUCUAUCAUGUGACAGUCACAGUACCUGGUAAUUACCGUGAUAAAGUCUGUGGUCUGUGUGGCAACUUCAACGGCAACCAAAAAGAUGACUUCCAAAUGCCCAAUAGACAGCUCACCGACAACGUGAAUGUUUUUGGAAAAUCCUGGAAGGUCACCAUCCCUAAUGUGGUUUGUGCAGAUGGCUGUGAAGGGGAUAACUGUCCUAACUGUGACCCAGCUCGCAAGGCUGUGUUUUCAGAGUCUACCUACUGUGGUCUUGUUAAAGCACCCAAAGGUCCUUUUGCAGCCUGCCAUGGUAAACUGGACCCACAGCCAUACUUCAACGACUGUGUGUUUGAUGUGUGUGCUUCCAACGGUGAUGGAAAGGUGCUGUGUAACAGCAUAGCAGCCUAUGCCUUCAACUGCCACAUGGCAGGAGUUGACAUCACAAACUGGAGGACAGCUUCAUUCUGUCCCAUGAAAUGCCCAGCCAACAGUCACUAUGAGGUGUGUGCAGACUCCUGUUCUGCAUCCUGCCCAGGCCUCACAGAGAUUGUCCAGUGCUCCGCUAGCUGUACAGAAGGCUGCGAAUGUAAUAUUGGCUUCUUAUUUAAUGGACAGACAUGUGUUCAAGAUACUGAGUGUGGCUGCUAUGACAAUGGAAGGACUUACAAGCCUGGUGAAGUGGUAUAUGAGGAAGACUGUAACACAAAGUGCACCUGUAAUCCAGCGACAGGCCUUGUCUGUGAAAAGUAUUCCUGCCCUCAAAGCACCAAAUGCCAAGUCAAGAAAGGAAUCAUGGCAUGCUACAACACAGAUCCAUGCAAAGAUGCCAAGUGUCGGGUCAAGGAGCGGUGCAACGUUGAAAAUGGUGAAGCGGUCUGCGUCCCCGAGUACACGGGAAUAUGCUGGGCCUGGGGUGACCCCCACUACCACACAUUUGAUGGUUACAACUAUGACUUCCAGGGCACUUGCAAGUAUGUCAUCUCCAAAACCUGUGGGAAUGUGGAAGGCCUGGUGCCAUUCUCAGUCACUGAGAGGAAUGAUAACCGGGGAAACACAGCAGUUUCUUAUGUCAGGGAGGUAGAAGUGUCUGUAUAUGGAUACACCAUCAUCAUGGGCAAGAACCAAGUUGGUAAAGUCACGGUGAACGGGGAGCUGUUGAAUCUUCCUGUGCAACUGGGUGAUGGUGAGGUGUCAGUGUUUCAGUUUGGUAACACUGCAAUGGUGAAGACGAACUUUGGCCUGGUUGUCUCCUACGACUGGAACUGGGAACUGGUCAUAAAGCUGCCCAGUAGCUACUACGGCAGUGUCUGUGGUCUGUGUGGCAACUUUAACGGGAAUAACUUUGAUGAGCUCCAGAAUCCAGAAGGCAAAGCUGUCUCGUCAGUAAUUGAGUGGGGUAAGAGCUGGCAAACGCCUGACCAGGACAAGGACCAACCUUGCUGGGACACGUGUCAGAAAAACUGUCCUACCUGUGAUGGUAACCAGAUGAAGCUCUAUGAGACUGAGGCUUCCUGCGGGGCCCUCGCAGCCAAGACCAAUAGUGUGUUCCAGAAAUGUCAUGGAAAAUUGGACCCCCAGGCCUUCAUGAACAGCUGUGUGUAUGAUGUGUGUUUGAAUAAGGGGGACAAAAAGAUGCUGUGCCAGGCAUUGGCCUCCUACAGUAGGCAGUGUCGUGAAGAAGGAAUAAUAAUCAGUGACUGGAGGAAAACGUUUGGCUGCCCAAUGAACUGUCAGCGUUACAGCCACUAUGAAGACUGUGCCAGCCCGUGCCAGCCAUCCUGCUCAUUCCCUGAGCAAAAGCAGAUCUGCAACGGUACCUGUGUGGAGGCCUGUGUGUGUGAUCAGGGUUACGUCCUCAGCGCUGGUGUCUGUGUGCCAGCUAAAACAUGUGGUUGCUCCUAUCAGGGCCGCUACUACAAGCCAGGCCAGCGCUUUUGGGCUGAUGAGGCUUGCGGUCGCCUGUGUGAGUGUGAUGCGAUCCUGGGCAUGGUGAUAUGCCGUGAGGCUUCCUGUUCUGCCAACCAGAAGUGCGCCGUAGUGGGUGGAGAGCGGGGCUGCCAACCCAUCGGUCAUGCCACAUGCACAGCCUCAGGUGACCCUCACUACCGGACAUUUGAUGGCCACAAAUAUGACUUCCAGGGCACAUGUGUAUAUCAGCUGGUGGGACUGUGCUCUCAGCAGCCUGGACUAGUGCCUUUCAACGUGACUGUGCAGAAUGACAACCGGGGAAGCAAGGCCGUGUCCUACACAAGGACUGUCACAUUUUCCAUAUAUGGCAUCACCCUCACCAUCAGCAGAGAAUACCCCUACAUGGUGCUGCUCAAUGGGCAGCUUGCUUCAUUACCACUGGGUUAUAGUAAUGAGCUGGUCGUGUUUCUCAGCGGCUGGACAGCUGUAGUGGAGACAGUUGCCGGUAUCACUGUGACCUUUGACUGGCAGAGCACAGUGAGCAUUACUCUACCCAGCAACUACCAGAGCGCAGUCUGUGGCCUGUGUGGCAACUACAAUGGAAAAGCUCAGGAUGACCUGACCAUGCCGAAUGGCCAGAUCGCUAGUAAUGGAGUCAAGCUGGGCGAGAGCUGGCAGGUGGCCCUAGUAUCAGGCUGUUCAUCAGUCUGCCAGGGGGCAUGGUGCCAAGCAUGUACAGACUCCCAGAGGAAAGAGUACCAAGCCCAAAAGUACUGUGGUAUUAUCGCAGACAAGGCAGGGCCUUUCAGGGAUUGUCACGCUCAUGUAGACCCUGCUCCUUACCUGGAGGACUGUGUGUAUGAUGCCUGUACUUAUCAUGGUCACCAUGGGUCAAUCUGUGAUGCUGUGGGAGUCUAUGUCUCUGCCUGUCAAAGCAAAGGAAUCGCCAUCGGCUCCUGGAGAACAGAUACCUUCUGUCCAAUGCUGUGUCCAGCUAACAGCCACUAUACCCUGUGUGCCACGGGUUGCCCAGCCACCUGUGCCAGCUUAACUUCCCUUGCCACCUGCCGCAGGUCCUGUACAGAAGGCUGCGAGUGUGAUGAAGGCUACCUGCUGAGUGGUGCUACCUGCGUGCCUGUGAGAGACUGUGGCUGCUCCUACGAUGGUCGCUACUACAAGAAAGGAGAUGUCUUCUACCCUGAAACCGAGUGUGUCGAGCAAUGCAUCUGUGGGGAGAAUGGUGCAGUGUCUUGCCAAAAGGCAAAGUGCCGUCCAGGGGAGACCUGUAAGAUUGUAAAUGGAGUGAAAAGCUGCCACCCUGAGGGGCAAGGCAAGUGUGUGGCUUCUGGUGACCCUCAUUACAUUUCCUUCGAUGGGCAAAGGUUUGAUUUCCAGGGUACAUGUGUCUACGUAUUGGCCAAGGUUUGUGAUGAUGACAAAGGCUAUCUGACACCAUUCACUGUAACUCAGGGGAAUGAGAAGUAUGGAAAUGGAAAGGUGGCCGUUACAAAGUCGAUUGCAGUGGUGGUCUAUGGUUAUGUCAUUUACAUCCAGCAGGGAAUGCCAUGGAAAGUCAUUGUGGAUGAUGAACUUCUAAACCUUCCGCUCUCCCUGGACAAUGGGCGUCUCAGAGUCGCCCAGGAAGGUUGCAACAUAAUUGUCCGGACAGACUUUGGACUGACAGUCCUGUAUGACACUGUCUAUUAUGUUGAAGUGAUCGUGCCGUCUACAUACCAGGGUAAGAUGUGUGGUCUUUGUGGUGACUACAACACGAAGGGUGGUGAUGACUUCAGACUUCCUGAUGGCAAACAAGUGAAUAACGUUGAUGACUUUGGGAAGGCGUGGGUAGUGGACCUGCCUGGGAAUGUGUGUGGGGGCUGUGGAGGCCAGUGUCCAGUAUGUGAGCAGGCCAAGGCCACCUUGUACGGAAAACCAGACUCGUGUGGCAUUAUGAGUGAACCUAAUGGGCCUUUCAAAGCCUGCCACAGUAAAAUUGACCCAGCAGCAUAUGUGUCUCACUGCGUGUUUGAUGUCUGUGCUAUGGGUGGCAACAAAGAUACUCUGUGUAACAGUGUCCAAGCCUACGCUUUGGCCUGCCAGAGUGCAGGAGUGCAAAUCCAGCCAUGGAGGAGCAGCUCCUUCUGCCCUGCUUCCUGCCCUGCGCACAGUCACUAUGAGCUGUGUGCCGACACCUGCGGUGGGACCUGUGCCAGCUUUAUUUACCCAUUUUCUUGUUCUAAAAGCUGUUUUGAAGGUUGCCAAUGUGAUGACGGCUUUGUUUUUGAUGGCGUCCAAUGUGUUCCUUUGGACGACUGUGGGUGUGUGCACGAUGGCAGAUAUCUGACGGUGGGCCAAGCAGUGGUGGACAAAGAAUGUAAGUCCAAGUGUGUGUGCCAGGCUUCUGGGCUGGUGAAGUGUGAAAAGCUGUCCUGCACCAGUGGAGAGGUUUGCGGCAUAAGAGACGGGGUCAGAGACUGCCAAGUAAAACAGGGCUACUGCAGCGUCAGUGAAGUUGGCUACCUCACCUCCUUUGAUGGCAUGUCUGGAGCGAUGGGAGCUCAAGGGGCAUUUGAAGUGGCAUCUCUGUGUGAUGAGACCUCUAAGCUGUGGUUCCGUGUGGUUGUGGACGUCAGGAUCUGCAGCAAAGGUGCAUCUCCCACCGUCGCCACCUUGUAUGUGUUCUUCCAGGAAACCACCAUCACAGUGAACAGCCAACGCGAGACCUGGGCAAAUGGCAGGAAGGUGUCAUUUCCCAGCAAAGUGACAAGUGAUCUGUCUGUCCAAAUCUCAGAGAGAACUGUGAUCAUCGAGAGGGCAACAGCUGUGCGGGUCACCUACUCAAUUUCACAGAAGGUCACCGUCAUUAUUGACAGUAGCUUGUCUGGUAAAAUGUGCGGUGCCUGUGGCAACUACAAUAACGACUCUAAAGAUGAUAUGAGGACAGCAGAUGGGAAAAUCACCACUGACGUGGCUGUUGUUGUUGGCUCCUGGAGCGCUGGGGACUUUUCUAGGUGUGGCCUGUAGAGAUGUUGGUUCUGCGAUGAUAGAGAGAGUCUGCUAUAUAGGAUGAAGACUAAUGUGAAGUUGUUCAGCUAAAGUUGCUUGUUUACAGCCUUUCUUACUCAUCAUGCUUCAGUAUAUUUCCUCUUGAUUCAUGGGAUAGUUUUUGUUGUUUACUGGAGGUCUGGUCCUCUAUUGUUCACUUUAGAGCAGUAAAAAAUUUAGCUCAUUCUUGACCAACAUCUCCAUCUAGUGGAGAAUGAAAUUAUAGCAUCUCUUUUCCCCAAACAGCCAAAGGUAACCAAUUUCAUACCUGUCUUAUUAUACUGUACUUUCCUAGGUUUAAAAAUGUUUGUUUUACGAAAUGUUUUCCUUUCUGUUCUGACCAAUAAAUACUCUUUCAUUACCCU